UAGUGACGUUUCAAACUAAAAUUCCUGAUCAUAUGGAUUUAAAUAGAGAUGUUUAAACUGUAAGGUAAUCUAUAUUGUUUUAGUUAUUCAGAUACCUAUGUCACAUUAAUAUCAUUAAGUGGGGAUCUACAAAAAUAUUAUAUAACUUCAUCGGCUGUACAAUGAUUGGGAUCCGGCUGUGUGCACUCUUGGUGGCAUUUUUGUGGUUAGCGGGACCGAGUGAGGCCCGGCGCAAACUGAAGCGAGACGAUGUAGAAAGCUUAAAGUCAGUGGAGACUGUUGAUUUUGACGAAGAAUUUGACGAGUUAGAGCCAUGUCAAUGUGGCGUGUUCAUGUCACAGCAAGUGGGAAUCAAGGAGGGACGUCGAAGUCGGCCGCGAGGACCGCCACAGGGCGAGCCCGUGGUCACGUACGACACUGAAAAUCCAAGUUUGCCGUGCGGCACUGGGGGAUUUAAGCACUGCAUCAGUAAAUGCCUGGAUGUGAUAUUAAAGUACUUGCCGCGCGCCGGGCCAGUAAUCUGUGGCGCAGUAGAGCGAGACGUCCGUCGAGAGAAGGCGUUCCUCUUUAUCAGGAACUGCGGCGGGCAGUGGACUCCUACUAACUUUUCCGCGGGUAAAGAAUUCUGCUGUACGGAUGGACAGCAUCACAAGUGUUAGAUGUUAAUGAUAAUUUAAACGAUUUAGGUAGGAUUAUACUAAAGAAUAUUUUGUUUGAAAACGUUUUAAAAUUUUUAAUGUUAACUAAGAGUUAUUAUUGUUUAGUUUUACUUUAUAACUUAUGUGCAUAUAGCAGAUAUAUAUACAAUUGAUUUUUAUAGGUGGUUAGGUUCAAUAAU